AUGUCCCAGCAUUUUGUUUCAGGACCAACCUCUUGCGAUCCUGAAAAAAAAGUUGACUUGCCAUUUGGCUCGCAGAAAACAAUGAGUGGCAUCAUUCUUCGGGCCGACGUCUCACAGGCCCAUAACAUUGCACUGCUUAUAUAUGGCCCGGACUAUCUGCCUCAAAUGGCUCUUAAAGGCGUGGAGGAUCCUCAUGGAAACGUGGCUCCGUCAGUGAUCUCAGAGCCAUCAGCUAUUGCUCCAGAAGUUUCAGCAACUGAUAGUCUUCAAAAAGACACAAAAAGCGAUGAAGCUUGUAUUGGCAACAUGACUACAAAUUCCGUAGAAAAAUCAGAAGAAGAAGGGGAAAAAAGCGAUGCUCAGCCGUCAAACCAAGGAAACCCUUCCAGACAAAAGCAACCUCCAACUGGCAAGAGAAAGCGGGAUGAUCUGCCCGCCCGCGAACACUCGGAAACAUUUUCAAAUGUAGAAGGAUCAUCGGAACGUUCUACGACAAGAUCACAAAGCCGAGUCAGUCUUGACGAGGACCGUCAGAAUUCGGCUCCGGUCCGUCGUUCAGUUGAAGCACACAUUCUUGUGCAGAAUGCGACUCCAACUGUGGUUGGCGGCAACGGCUCUUCGAGUUCACCACCCAAGAAGACAAAGAGCCCAUUCACCGAGCAUGAAAUUGCAGUGAUGAUGGCUCUUUUUGAAAUCAACAAGUCUCCAAAUCAUGAAGAAGUUCAAAAAUUGGCUGUUCAACUGAACCUGGGCUACAGAAGCGUGGCUAAUUUUUUCAUGAACAAACGGGCCAAGGAGCGGAAAAAAUUGCAAGGGCAUGGACCCGGGCCCUCUUAAUUUGUUAUUUCUUUUAUUUUUAAUAUGAUUUCAAUUUAUUCUUCAAUUUAUUGCCAAUUACUGUUUUUUCUGAACUUGUUUUGCCAAUCCUGAUAAUUUUCUUCAUUUCCGAAUUCCCUUUUCCAAAGUACAUUUCUGAAUAAUGCCAUAAUUUUUUUCCUGUUCUCAAUUUUUACCCAAGCAAUUUCUUUGAAGAGGAAUUGAUCUUAUCGAGAUUGGUACCUGACCAUUAUCACCGAUUAGAAAGUAGCUCAAAUUCAUAGAUCAUUUUUUCCAAAGUUUCGUCAUGAAGAUUUCCACAAUUUUUCCUAGGUCAUAGCUCUUUGAAAAGUUUCACUCUUCCUAGCUUUGAACUGUAUGGAACGUAGAAUUGAUUAUUCUUUAUUCAUCUCCGGUGACCUAUGUUUUUCUUAUUCUCUGGUUUUCGUACUUUGUUUCCAUAUUUUUUCGAUACCAGGUUGGGUUUUAGGUGAAUCUUCUCAGUUUUCUCAACUUUGGAUUGUUGCGUUUUUGAGAUUUUUUAAAAUUAAUAAAAAGUUUUGCUGCUCU